UUCGCCGCGAACAUGAUGGACGGACAUUAACACUCGCAGACACAACGUGAGACCGCGGCUAAAAAUAAAGGUCCACACGGCCGCGGGAACGCCCCACGCUACCGAAAUACCAGCAUUGCAUGCCGACUGUGCGCGCCAUCCUGACCUCAACUAGUUCUCUGCUUUGUCAAAUAGUUUGUAUCAAAAAUCUGAAAGUUCUGAAGUCCUCGCGAUGAGCAUCGAGCGUGCUCGGGCCUGCGUCGGGCCCUCGCCGGUCACCAAACGCCUCUGCGCGACCAUCGUGUUUUUCAUCGGCGUAAUCUGUGUUUUUGGAGGUUAUUUAUUAUGCCGCAUGUCUCGCAAUGAUGUCAAGAGGAGCAACGAAAUAGUGUCAUUUAACUUGACGAUCGCGGCUGAGAAUUUGUACAAAAAAGCGAAGAGAAUUUCGCCAAAAGCUGUCCUCCAUAACGACCCGGAGAAGGUGACAGCGAGGCUCCUGGAUAUCUUCAACUGCUCGCAGGCCGAGUGUGGAGCCAUCAGCCACUAUAACGUGGCGGAGUUUAUAAAGCGAUCUAUCAACUUGCAGGUUAUCAGACUGUUGAAAUCUGUGAAUAAUGCCACCAUGUACUUGGAUUCUCUGAGAUGACAUUAGUUAUCUUACUUUAGUCGUAAGGUUCUUUAUUAUCAGGUAUAUUCGAUUUCAUUUAAAAUAUUGAAUAACAAACACUAAAAUUAUAAUAAAAACUCCACUCCAGCUCUAUGAAUUAACUUACAAUUUGGACAUGUGUAUGUUAUAAUAUAAUGGUCAUACUUCUGUUAAUAACUAAGACAACUUUUUAUGUUAAAUAUGAUUAGACCAAAGAUGAUUAUGUAUAGUACAAUACUCGAGUUGUAAAGUCUACAGCUCCAAAUAUUAUUCGGUAGCUAUAGUUGUCAUAAUGUAACUGUACUAGCGACAGCUACGAUUUAAUGUCCGUCAUAAUUUCAAACCUAAGAAAGAAUGACCUAAGAAAUAUAUUCUGCCUAUUUAAAAUGUGAUUUAUGUAGAAAACUAGAUAAUAUAGUAUUGUACUACUAUUGGUGUACUUCUAGGAUGUAAGAAAUGUGAAAAUAAAAACUUGAAAUUCU